UGAGAAAAUCAAAUGAUCAAUCAAUAGAUUCGAUUGACUAUCGACCUAAGUUAUAUUUAUUUUAAAGUAGAUAUAUUUUGUAAAUUUACUUUAUAAAUUUUGAAACUACAUACACUGGAAUAAUGUCUUUUCGUUUAUGUGACUUCGAUGCCAUUGGCUUUGAUGUUGAUCAUGCUUUUGUUCAGUAUAAGCUGGAGAAUCUCUUUCCUUUGGUAUAUGAGAGCCUGGCAAAAGUUUUAGUUGAAACAAGAGACUAUCCCAAAGAGUUGUUAGAAGACAAGUUUGAGAAAUAUUCGGAUUUCUGCACAAGAGGUCUCAUCUUAGAUGCUGAUAAAGGUGAUUUUGUGAAAGUUGGCAAUGAUGGCAAAGUAAUUAGAGCAUCUCAUGGGACAAGCAUAAUGGAUGAUGCAAAAAUGACUGAAGAAUAUGGAGAAAAAAGACAAUGGUCUCCUUUUGAGAGUUUCCUGGGUGGCAUGAAAAAGAAAGGGAAUUUCCUCCGCAGUGCAACAUUCAGGAUGUUUGAAAAUUUCUUUGACAUGCCUGCAAUGUUGCUAUGUGCAAGACUAAUUGAUAUAAUGGACACUCAAGACACUGGCAAAGAGAAAUACAAGCUGAUAUGGCCUGAUGUAUUGUCAUCAUUGAUUGUAAAUUUUGACUAUAGUUCUUUUGGAGACAACAAAGGCUACUUUUACCCAGCUCUGAAAGCUGAUAUCGCUAAAUACAUCAAACCAACUUCGAAAAAACUAAAAGAAUGGCUAAAAAAGUUACGAAAUAAUGGGAAGAAAGUAUUUUUGAUAACGAAUUCACAGGCUGACUUCUCGAUGUUUGUUUUGGAAAAUGCUUUCGGCGCUGACUGGAGGUCAUAUUUCGAUGUUGCUAUCAGUCGUGCAGAAAAACCAGGGUUUUUCCGAGAUAAAAAUCCAUUUGUUGAAGUUGUGAAUAGAGUGAAUGGAAAAGAUCCAAUUCAAAGUCUAGAAGCUGAUAAAUAUUAUGCCCUGGGAAAUUCGUCUGAGCUCGAGGAAUACUUGUGUAAACUAACUGGAAAAACAGAGAUGAAGAUUUUGUUCUUUGGUGAUAGUUUGUUAUCAGAUGUCUAUCCUCCGAAAUGUUUUGCCAACUGGCAAACUGUCGCUCUUCUUGAAGAGCUGGAGUUGGAAAUAGACAAUGAAGUUGAUGGUCAAAAUGACAAUGUUAAUAAUGGGGAAGAUUGCGCCGACGACGAACCAGAUACCAAGAAACAGAAAUUAAAUGAAGACACGAAUGGCAGACAAAAAGAUGACCAUAUCACAUCCAAAGAUAUCUUAACAUCUGCAACUUGGGGUUCCAUAUUUGGCGUUGAUGGAAAGCUAAUGAAUACGCUUUAUAGUUCCCUAAUUGACGAGUACAGCUCACUCGUGAUAGCUGGACUGGACUCUAUAACAGAAUUGCCAUUGGAUCAUACAUUUGAGAAAAGUCGACAUAAUGGACGGACACAUUUUUUUCCACGGGAACCAACCACCUCGUGAUACAUUAACUAUAAAUCAUAUGAAUGCUGAUUUUUUAAAUACCACUGAAUGCAACUCUCCAUACAUUCAAGCAACGAAAUUUGUAUGAAUAUAAUAGUUAUAUAAUUAUAAUAAUUAGUAUAAUAUAUUUUUUGAUACAUACACCCUGUAGAAAGCGACGUGCGCUAAAGCGUAUAUUCAUGAAUAUUAGGCCAUGUAAUGUGCACACGGUAACGUUUUUGAGCGUUUUCACAUUUGUCUUCAUUGCAAAACAGUUACAAACACCGUCAAGUUACAAAUUGACGCUAAUUUGACAUAUUAAGCAUGUAUUUUCCCUUGGAACGUGUGGACUUUGUGUGUGAACGUGUAAACCCUGUGAACGUCUGAACAAUAAAACAGAAAAAACCUCGAAAACGACACUCGUGUGCUCAUAGCCUAAGUGUUGCGUUUUUAUAUACACCCUGUUCUACUCAAUCCAAUAUCUCAAAAUCAUCUCACGCUUUGUUGAGUGACUCAAGUCUCGGCUAAGCGGGGCCAUGUAAACAGUCCCUAAGUAUACUCAUAUUGCCCGUAGGUUUUGAAUGUAAAUUGAAAAUAUGUUGUAAUUCUGACGAAUUUUUCAUUAGUCUGACUUUAAGCUAGCUGUCUGGAGCAAUUAACAUCAACGGUUUUCGAGUACUCUUCA